AUGGAUGAUAGCUUGAAGGUUCAAAUCUUCAGCAGAAAGCUGAUAAAACCAUCAAAUCCAACUCCAAGUCAUCUUAGAAGCUUCAAGCUUUCAUUGUUCGAUCAGCUAGCUCCUCCACUAUAUGUUCAUAUACUCUUCUAUUACUUGCUUGAUGAAGAUCACAAUCGAGCCGAAAACGAUGAGAGAUUUGCUCAAAUGCAGAAAUCCUUGUCCCGGGUAUUAUCCAAGUAUUACCCUCUAGCUGGCAGAUUCCUUAAAGAUGAACUCUUGAUUGAUUGUGCGGAUCAAGGAGUUGAAUACUUUGAGGCACAUGUCAAUGGAGAACUUGUGGAGUUUCUUCAAGAAGGACCAGAGAUUGAGCUUCUGAAUAAAUUUCUGCCCUGGAAUCCUCCUCCGUCGCCAUAUCUGGCAACAAGUCCACUAGUAGCAGUCCAAAUCAACAAGUUUGAAUGUGGAGGAGUAGUGGUAGGCAUCCAAAUUUCACACUUCAUUGUAGAUGCCAGUUCAAUGAUGACAUUCCUGAAGGAAUGGGCUAACAGCUGCACUAGCCCGACAGAGAUGUAUCCAGUGCUCAGUCCUAAUUAUAAUGAUCACUUUGUUUCAAUCUUCCGGCAAGAACACUAUCAGGGCCUAAACCCCGGACCAGCCGACUACCCUGCUAAGAUAGUCACGCAAAGAUUCUUGUUAGAUGAAACGAUAAUAGAGAAGAUCAUGGAAGGAGCUGCUUUAUCUUGUUCAAAAUGUAAUUUUCAUCCAUCUAGAGUGGUGGUAGCGUUAGCACUGAUAUGGAGGGCUCUCCUAGGAGUAUGUCUUGCCAAACAUGGGCACUUCAGGGACUCAAUUGUUGCUAUUGCAAUGAACUUGAGGGGGAAAACAGCUCUAACAAUAUCAGAACCAAAUUAUGGGAACUUUUGGACCUCGGUCAUAGUUCCAUUGGAAGCGAAAAAAGCCAAGAUACAGUUGCAGGAGCUGAUGAUAUUACUCGAUAAUAGAAUAAAAUCCACAAGUGAAAAACUUGCAACAGCUAGUCCUGAGGAUAUUUCAUCAAUGCUGAUCGACUCCCGCAGAGAGAUUAUUGAGAAACGUUAUCUGUCCGUUGGUAUAGAUGUUUACGUUUGUACCAGUUGGUGUAGGUUCCCGAUACAUGAAGUUGAUUUUGGUUGGGGAAAACCACAUUGGGUAAGUCAUGCAAGCAAAGCAAUUGAGGCGAUUGGUUUGGUGGAUGCCAAAAAGGGAGAGGGGCUUGAAGCAUGGGUAAGUUUGAAAGAGGAGGACAUGAUCGAAUUCAAAAGAGCACUGGAAGUUUUAGUGCCAGUGCCCAAAUGA